UAAACCCUAGAAACCCCAUUAGGUUUUUAUAUCGCCAUAUCCUUCUUUACAUCUCUUCUCAUAUCUACCUCAAAACUCCGCCGCUCUCUGUUCAUUGUUCUCUGUUCAAUGGCUCCAAAGAAGGCAGCUCCACCUCCAUCUUCCAAGCCUGCAAAGUCCGGUGGUGGCAAGCAGAAGAAGAAGAAGUGGAGCAAGGGAAAGCAAAAGGAAAAGGUGAACAACAUGGUAUUGUUUGACAAAGCUACGUACGAUAAGCUCCUGUCUGAAGCGCCUAAAUACAAGCUUAUCACUCCUUCUGUCCUGUCCGACCGUCUCAGGAUUAGUGGAUCACUUGCUAGGAAGGCAAUAAGAGAUUUGAUGGCCAGAGGCUCGAUCAGGAUGGUGUCCGCUCAUGCUAGCCAGCAGAUCUACACCAGGGCAACCAACACUUAAAAAGAUGUUUAGUUCAUUUGCUUAUAGAGCUCUUGCAGGGCCUGCUUAUUUUAGACAUUCUCUAAGCUUAAUUUCGAAAAUAUGUUGACAGUAUGGGCUACGGCUAUUUUGAGCAAUCGUUUUAAAGCAGUUACUGUUUUGACUAUGUUUCGUGUUAGAUUGCUAUUUAUUUGAGUUAUUCAUCUC